AAAAAAAAUAAAAAUAAGGAGGACCGAAUAACAUUGAUUACAAAAUUCAUUCAUAUAUAUAGCACUCUAAAACCCUAGUUUCUGCUGUCUCUUCUGGGUUUGAUCACAUCGCUGCUCAGUUCUCGGAGGAGCACCGUUACCAGAAGAGACAAGAUGGCCGUUCCCUUGCUGACCAAGAAAAUUGUGAAGAAGCGUGUGAAGAGGUUCAUUAGGCCCCAAAGUGACAGGAAAAUUUGUGUUAAGCCCAGCUGGCGCAGGCCGAAGGGUAUUGAUUCCCGUGUUAGGAGAAAGUUCAAAGGAUGUGUUUUGAUGCCCAACAUUGGUUAUGGCUCAGACAAGAAGACCCGCCACUAUCUGCCUAAUGGAUUCAAGAAGUUUGUCGUGCACAAUGUCAAGGAUCUUGAGCUUCUGAUGAUGCACAACAGGACAUACUGUGCUGAGAUAGCGCACAAUGUAUCGACCAGGAAAAGGAAGGAUAUUGUAGAGCGUGCAGCACAGUUGGAUGUUGUUGUCACCAACAAACUUGCCAGGUUGCGCAGCCAAGAGGAUGAGUGAUUGCCGUUGCUGUAUUCUGCUUUUCUCAAUUUGGGUAUGGACAUGGCACAAAAUCCUUUUCAAAAUUAGUGUUUUUUGGAUUGUGGUUUGUUGAUCUAGAGCUUUUAGCACUGAUUACUGAGUUUAAUUUGUUAGACACAUUCUAUUAAUAGUUAUCUAGUGCUUUUCCCUAUUGCUUUAGUGUGUUUCGAUUUCUAUUGAACCCAGUGCCGUGUUGAAGUUGUUGAAGCUAAUGUGGGAAAUUUUGCUUUUUCGAUCCAUUUUAAA